CUAAUCUCUUCACCGUCUAAAGAAUAUUUCCGACGCCGGAGACGAAAACAAAAAAUGGCAAACAAACUCAUCGGAGAAAUGGGUCUUCACACCAAAAUCUCAAACAUCUUCGCUGCAAGAAACAUCAUCACCGCCAAGGAUGCAUUAUCAAUGACGGAAUUUGAACUAAUGGAGCUGUUAGAUGUUGGAAUGAAAGAGAUAAGAUCAGCAAUUUCAUUCAUCAGUGAAGCUACUUCUCCACCAUGUCAAUCUGCUCGAUCUUUACUGGAGAAGAAGGUCGAAAACGAACAUUUAUCAGGUCAUCUUCCUACACAUUUGAAGGGGUUAGAUGAUACCUUGUGUGGUGGGAUACCUUUUGGUGUUCUUACUGAGUUAGUUGGUCCUCCUGGUAUUGGUAAAUCACAGUUUUGCAUGAAACUUGCGUUAUCAGCUUCGUUUCCAGUAGCUUAUGGAGGAUUAGAUGGUCGUGUGAUAUACAUAGAUGUGGAAUCCAAGUUUAGUUCAAGAAGGGUGAUAGAGAUGGGACUGGAAAGCUUUCCGGAAGUGUUUCAUCUUAAAGGAAUGGCACAAGAGAUGGCUGGAAGAAUCCUUGUUUUGCGUCCAACAUCUUUAGCUAACUUUACUGAAAGUAUACAAGAACUCAAGAAUUCAAUUCUUCAAAACCAAGUAAAGCUUCUAGUGAUUGAUAGUAUGACAGCUCUUCUUUCAGGCGAAAACAAACCAGGAGCUCAGAGACAACCUCAGUUGGGUUGGCAUAUCUCUUUCUUAAAAUCGCUUGCUGAAUUUUCACGGAUUCCUAUAGUGGUGACUAAUCAAGUUAGAUCUCAAAACCGCGAUGAAACUAGUCAGUAUUCUUUCCAAGCUAAAGUUAAAGAUGAAUUCAAAGACAACACAAAGACAUAUGAUUCUCACCUUGUUGCUGCAUUGGGGAUUAACUGGGCUCAUGCUGUAACCAUCCGACUGGUCCUUGAAGCCAAGUCAGGUCAGAGAAUCAUUAAGGUGGCAAAAUCUCCUAUGUCGCCUCCUUUAGCCUUCCCGUUCCAUAUAACAUCAGCUGGGAUUUCAUUGCUGAGCGACAACGGGACUGAACUGAAAGGUCCAGGAAUCAACACCAUUCAUGCUCGAGGGCACAGCGACAUGAUAAAUUUUCACGGGGACUGCUCGUAGCUAAGCAAAGGUGGCCUGUUACGAUUAUCAACUACAUCAACUUCCAAAUGCUGCAAAUAAUCACUAUAGCUUCCAUGUUACCAAUGAAACGGAUGAUUAAGUCUCACAAUAUUCAGUUUAUGUUUGAUGGUAGUAUCAUCAGUGAGCAAGAGCUUUAUUAAAUGUCAAGUCUUCUCUACACGUCAACUCGUAAAGUACUAUCAACAUUAAGGUAGCUUGAUUUUGAUAGGAUUACAUUUUUCAUUUAAGCAAAUUGGUGUAAUCAAUAAAGAAGGUCAAAUAAUUUUAUGUCUUUUAUACAUAUUGGAAAAACCUCAUGUCAACAUCAUAUUUCUAGACAGUUGUCGGGUUCUUCUUU